GUUGAAUUUAAGUUCGAGUUAUAUUGUUAUUUUGAGGGACACUAUUUGGUUUUAUUUCAUACUUGGAAUCAGGCCAUAGAUAUGUGCGUUACUCUAUAAAGUUAUUUUCAUUGGCAGCAUCCAAUCAAUGAACGAACCACUAUCACUGCUAUUUGUUCUGUUGUGCAGUUACUGGUUUCCGAGAGUACAGUCUGCAAAAACAUUGCAUAGAUUUCAAAAAUCUUGUCAGAAUUGAUUUUGCUGCAGUCAAAGUUACUGAAAAACUAAUAGUGAGAGAUAUACACAACCAAGAAUAAGGUUAAAAACAACUAACAACUUGUUCCUUUUCUCUGCCAUAUCCUAUUUCCCGAUUCCACUUUCAGUUGUCUUUAAUAAACAUUCAAUUCGCAAAUUGGCCUUUUGCCAUAAACUGGACCAAAAAAAAAAAAAAAAGCUAAUCUCUUGAUCAUCUAGCCCUUCACUCAUCAUGCAUAUGGUCCCGAAUUCCAAUCAACCCUUUAUUUGAUUCCUCUCAAAAGUUCAUUUUUCCCCUUCCUUAUCCCCUGUUUCUUUUAUCUUGUUGGAAUCCUUCCAACAGAGUGCUCUGUUCACUCUCUGCUUUCUUCCUCCCCUGUUUAUCAUGUCACUGAAGUAUAAUCACACAUGAUUUUGAAGCCUUAAUUACAACAUUUCUGAUCAUCCCUUUUUGUUGUUUUUUGUUAUUGAGUUAGAGGAACAUCAAACUUUGAUCAUGAUGGGACAACAAAAAUCUGAAUAUCAUCUGCCUCGGCAUUUCCUCAACACUGAUAUUACAAUUGCUGCAAUUAAUGAGUCCCGAAUCAGCCCGCCAAAUGGCGACGCGAAUUUCGACAGCAACAUGGUCAUAAUCUUAGCUGUUCUGCUUUGCGCAUUAAUUUGUGCCCUUGGCCUGAAUUCAGUCGUCCGUUGUGCUUUAAGAUGCAGCCGGAGAUUGGUCUUUGAAACCACCGCAGAGGGAGUUUCUUUGCGUCUGGACUCAUCAGGGCUGCCGAAGGACGCCUUACGCCGGAUUCCGGUGGUUGUUUACAAGUCCGGGAUUGAUAUUCCGGCUACCGAUUGUCCCAUUUGUCUUGGAGAGUUUACAGAAGGUGAGAAAGUCAGGAUUUUGCCGAGAUGCAACCAUGGUUUCCAUGUCAAGUGUAUAGAUGCUUGGUUAGUUUCGCAUUCAUCCUGUCCAAAUUGUCGGCAGAUAUUGUUUGGUAAUCCGGCCAACGCAGCAAGUAGUUAGUCUAAAUGACGGAACCAAUCUCCUCUUUUUUCCGGUCUCCCAGAAUUCUCAGAAGACAAUUUUCCGGUAGCUCUUCGGCGGAUAUAUAUGUAGUUCCGCCCCUGGCGCCCAUGAUUGAUUUUAGUUUUCCGAACCAUGGCUGAUAAAAGUAUGCAUCUUUUGUUUGAUAUCAACUGGAUUAUUCAGAAAAUUGUGCAUAUUCAGGCGUUUUAGUGAACUUGUACUGUUACAUUUACAACUUCGAUUAAAGGGGCAAUAGAUUUUUGAGCAAAUCACGUUAUCAUACAGUUUAACAAGGACUAAUUCUUCUUUAA